GUCCCACAGCUCCUUGCCCAGCUGGCUGGAAGCCACCAGCGAGCCGUGGUCAGGGGCAGUGGGCAGCUCAGUCCUGCCGCUGUCACAGACUGAGAAGGUAGAGAGGAUCUUGGCCAAAAUGGGCCAAAAGCUUUCCCGGAGGGAAGGUGUGAAAGACUCCCAAAAGAGGGAUGUUCCAGGAGCCGAAGAAAUGUCCCAGCGGGGAGACAGGAGCAGCCAAGAGCUGUACCAAGGCCAGAGUCCCACGGAGGCCGAGCCGGCAGCUGCUGCCCCAGCUGGAGAUGCUGAGGAGGAGGAGGAGCCAGGGUCGGCAGUGGCAGAGCUGGCACAGGAAGGUCGCCUGGAGGACUGGAUUUGGGACAGUUUCUCAGAAUCCAGCAGUGAGGAAGAGAGCCCGGUGGCUUCCCCGCACAGCCCCCCCGGCCCCUUGUCUGCCCUGCCGGGAGCCCCAGCCCCCAGGGAGGAGCCGGGCUGGGCAGUGGCAGAGCUGGCACAGGAUGACAGCCUGGAGGCCUGGGUUUGGGGAAGUCUCUGGGAAUCCGACAGUGAGGAAGAGCUGUGCGAGAAGACAUUGUCUCUUGUCCAAGAGCUGUCCCAGAAGGAGGACAAUGUGAGCUCCAGCUCUGGGGAGAAGCCUGUGGGCCCAUUUAAGGAGGGGGACACCCAGCCUUCUCCCCCAGAGGGGCCCAGCUCUGCCAGCCCCGUGGGUACAGAGGUGGCAGCAGAGGCAGCCCCUGCCCUGCCCAGCACCUCUCCUGCCCCCGGCAGUCCCACAGAAACCGAGCCGGCAGCUGCUGCCUCGUCCGGAGCUUCUGAGGAGGCAGCAGCGGGGUCAGGGCUGGCAGUGCAGGAGAGGAUGGACGACGAUGACGAUGAGGAAAUGAAAUAUUGGCAGCACUUGGAUGACCUGGAGCCUUUCCUGAUUAGAGAACCAGAGCUGUCCCAGGAAGCGUCUGACUCCAAACAGUGCACGGGGGAACAUCUGCCCCAAGGGGAAGCUGAGGAAGUCAUGAGCCGCCACCAACUCUCUGGGCAGAAAGAAUAUUUGGAGCAAGACCGGUCCCAGGGAGAAGUCAGCAGCUCCCAAGACCCCUCGGACUGGGAAGAAUGCAACGAGCAAGUGCUGUCCGGAGGAGAUGUCAUCAGCUGCAAAGAACUUUCGGACUGGGAAGAAGACCUUGGCCAAUAUGUGUCCAGAGGGAAUGGCAGCAGACCCUCAGGACUCUCCAGCUGGGACGACGACAGUGACACAGGGCUUGUGCAGGAGAACUGGCCCGAGCACGUCAUCUUGGCCAAGCCCUUGUGCCCAGAGGACGAUGAGUGGGACGAUGUGAGCCUCCUGGAGCUGCCCCCAGAAGACGGCAAAGGCCAGAAAUGGAAAGUUUUUGUGGCAGAGGGGCUCCCAGUGCCCGUCCCUCGGGAGGCCUGGGCUGAGUGCCCGGCACAGGAGCCGUGCAGCCAAGGGCCGCCGCCUGCCCCACACAGCCCCCCCAGUCCCUGGCCUGCCCGGCUGGGAGCCCAGGCCCUCCGCGGGCAGCCGGCUGCCCCCAGGAAACGUCCCUCCCGCUUCAGGCGGGCACUGCGGGCACUGCGGGGGCUGUUCCGCUGA